AUGCAUUCACCGCAGGGUGCUUCCUUAGUGGCGGAGGUCGUCGCCCACGGCCUCCGCUGUCUGCUGCUGGCGAUAGGGCGGCAGUCGCUUGAGGCCGUUCAGCAGAGCGCUGAGGCGGUGGUGGAGGCGGUGACUCAAGCGUGCCACGAGCAUUGCGGCGGCACCCGUCUCUCUGCCAGGGAGGGGAUUGCUCUGCUGCGCUUGCUCGUCCCCGCGGCGUUGAAUUCUGUGUUUGUCUUUCUUCAGCGCCUUCACGCGAGCCCAAAUUUCGGCGCAGUCGAGCGCUGUCUUUCUACAACGUUGAUCAAUUUCCUGUUUUGCGCCAUCACUUUGCUCCGCCUCGUGGGGUCCGACCUGCUGCUGCUGCGAGCCAAACAGGAGCGGCGGUCCACUGGCGAUGCCGCUCCGCCCCUGUCAAGUAGCGAGGUCGUGCAGUUGCUGCGGGCUCACGCCGAGCUGCAGGAAGAACUGGACACCACGUUGAGCUCCCACUUUUCCCUCAUUGUGCACAAUGCGGAGCAUCAACUCUGGCAGUUGGAGGCGGCGGCAGCGGCGUCUUCAGCGGAGACGUCGGGGAUUCCUCAACUGCACGCGGUCCCCCAAACAACCCUCUUUUUACAGCCUGCUGACGGCUGGAUUUGGCUGCUGGCGGAGGCAACAACGAGUGGCGCGGUGGCUCUAUCGCCCACCUCCGCCUUGAAUAGCACCGCACGGACGACGCCGUCUUGGCUGUCGCAUGCAUUUCUUGCAAUGGACCCACAAGACGCCUCUGAGGCCGCAUUUGCCCAAAAAUUUGUGGAUGUGGUCCUGUCCGUUUACGCUCUGCUGCUGAAGCGCUGGAUGACGUGCCUGCCGGGGCUUGCUGAGGCACUGCAGCGCUGGGGCAACGCCGAUGCCACACCGUUCUUCGACCUCACCAUCCCCUUCUCAAUGAGGCACUGGGAGGAGGGCAAUCGAAGCGACCUGAUAAUACUGGCCGAGAUCUGUGUAGUUCUCCAAGAUCUUGUACGUAGUGUCCCCCUUUUCUUUGUCGGCACGCAGCCACUCUUAAAACUGCAACGCGUGCUCUCACAGCUGAGUGUUGUGCGCCUAUUUUUUGCGGUGCAGCGUCCAUUUGGGGCCCCCAGUGUUGCCGAUGGCUUAUCCGUGGAGUUGUCACGACUAAUAGAGGCGGCGUCGGAGCGUAUCUUCCUCCAUUUGGAUCGCACUCGAUGUGCGCUGCUUCCCCACGAGUCGAGUUUGCCACAUCUCCAGUUGGCGUUCUUUGACCAGUCUUCCUACAUCUUUGAGCGACACUCAGGUGAAGACACGGCGCCUCUCGCCUUGGUGCGUCCUCCGCCACUGUGCGCGGCAUUAAACUUUGCAUCCAUGGUGCGCUGCGUUGGAUCGUCGGGGUUCGUAGACGGCGUGGGGGCCCGAGAUGGUCCGCUGGGUAUUUCUGAAGAUGCUGCCGCUGCACGGCGCAGUGCAUCACUUGCGCAAUCCAUCGUUCUGGCCCUUGAGGAUGUAUUUUUUUGCCUUUGUGCCUUUGGUUGCCUGGUUGAGGAGACCCCAUCGUUGCAUCUUUUUUUUGAGUCCGUUUCACAGGCACUCCGCGGGGAGUUGGAGGGAAGUCCGACGUCGACACCUCCUCCUGCUCGUGCUGGCACCGGUGCGCCACUGAAACCUGCACGACGCGGAUUCUCACGCGUACUCACUGAGGAGUCGGUGAACGCGGUCGAGGAAGUCGUCUCACUGUACGCGGCGGGGACGCAGUCGACACGCGGGGUGGCUUCCGGCGAGGGCGCCCUGCCGAGGCAUCGUCGCUACUGGCUUCUAGCGGUAUCGCAUUUGCGCAUGGCAGACUUUGAGUCGCAAGCCGCGAUGGUGUUUGGCGUUGGGUCGAGUCCCGCGGCGGAUCACAGCACAGCAUUUUUUGCUUCUGCUCCGUUGGAGAGUAGAGCCUGGCUGCGGCUCAACGAUGACGAGUUCUUCUGCGCUGGAGAUGACUCGCCGGUGUGGCGUUUCCUUUCCAAGCAACGUGAGUUGAAAACCAACUCCCAUCGAAGGUCUAGUUUUUCAUCCACCGUUCGUGAGCGGCUUGUUGCGGCUUCCAUGCAAUUUCUCCUGCUGGCUCUGCGUGAGGCGACCCUUUUCGAGGAGGCGACGGCACACGCCAAAACGGAUCAUCCUGGAGAUUGCAGUGUUGUUCUCCCUUCCGCCGCAGCCGCUUUACACUUGUGCGGAGAGGUGUCCCAAUCCUCUGCGUAUGCAACAGCUUUCACUCGCUUUCUCUUGAUGCUAGAGUACAUCCCUGCCGCGACGGUGGUCAAAUUUUCGGAGGUUUGCUGCCGCACUAUCUCCGUGUUGCGGUCCACGGCUGCAGUGAGAGCCAGUGCGCACGGUAUGGUUACCGAGGCGGAUGUGCUGGCUGCUCACAGUUACCAACUCUCACUGUUGCUCUUUACCGCCUAA